AUGCGCCACACACCGCCCAAAGAGGGCCGUCCCAGGUACUUGGAAUGGGUCUGGGGCCCGGGCUGGACGCCAGGCAACCCCGAAAAGCCUCCCCACGCGCCCCGGCCGGCCGCUGCUCCGGGAACCCACUCACCGCUCACGCUCGCCCGCGCCGCGGAGCCCGGGAGCGGAGACCCCUGCUGCUGCCGCAUGCCCUCGGGGCCGAGCACGACAGGGAGACCGGGGGCCGGGCGCGAGCAGCCGAGGGGGACGCGGCGAGCGGGCGGGCGGCGGCGCGCCUCUUCUCCAGCGGACGCUGAGACCCGCCCGGAACCCGAGGAGAGCUUGGCAGAGCGAGGGGUGACGCCCAGGGGGCGGAGGGGCCGCGUCCCGCCCUGCUCCUCCCCGCCCCUCCCCGCCCCUCCCCGCCCUCCCCGACCUUUCCCACGGGAGAGCGCCCCCCACCGGCGAGGCCCGGAUCGGCGCUCGGGGGCUCUUCUGCUGAUGCCCUUCUGCCCGGGACUGGUCCCCAGGAGUGCGGCCGGCCUCCAGGGGGAGAUGGCGCCCACUAAAGGACCGCUAGCACCCACAGGCCCUACAGGGCCGUACCUCGGAGCCCUGUAUUAA